AACGACAACUGUUACAACUACGAUAAGAGAAAAAGAAAAAUUUCUAAAUCGGUAUAUAACAGCAAAAUGUCUUCGAGAUUGAACUCGAAAAGAAAAAAAAACAAAAAAAAAAAAAAAAAAAUGAAAAAUAAAAUCAAGCUUUGUCGAUAUUCACGAAAAAUGGAUUAAGGACGAAGAAUCGAAAGAAAUAUAUAUAUAUAUACAUAUGUGCGUGCAUGUGUGUGUGUGUGUGUGUAUGUAUGUAUGUACUUAGAUGACAGCUGCCAACAUGAAAAAAAAUACACAAAAAAGAAAGAAAAGAAAAAAAGAACAUUAAGAAGUAAGAAAAAAAAAAAAAAUAAUUAUAACGUUAAAGGAUUAUUUCGUGUCGCGGCCACUUACUUCUUCGAUCCAACGACUGAAAGACGACUCCUUCGGCCAUUUAUUUUCUCCCACUGGCGUUUCUUCUUAUAAAAAAAGAAAAAAAAAAGAAAAAGGAGAGAGAGAAAAAACGUAGCGCUCUCUCUCUCUUUUUCUCUUUCUCUCUCUCUCUCUCUCUCUCUCUCUCUCUCUCUCUUUCUCUUAUUCACUAUCUAUCUGUCUGUUUUGACGAAUCACACGUUUCUUUUAACGUAAUAAUUGCGCAAGCUUCAACAGUGAAUUAUUUUUCUAAUGUAAAAUGUAAAACGGAUGUUCGUGUGCCAAUACGUAAGGGACGUUUGUCCAACGAGUACUACGUUUAGAUUGAAUAUUUUAACGAGAUGUCCUUGAAGUCGACAAAUUUCAAUCAGAUAUCCUUAUACGCUUUUUGUCAAAUUAUCGUCGUCUUCGAUGAUUAUAUAAUUAAAAAAUUUCUUAAUACCAUAUAAUAAUAAUAUUAGUACUAAUGAUAAUGAUAAUGAUAAUGAUAAUAAUAAUAAUAAUAAUAAUAAUAAUAAUAAUAUACGUAUAUUUUUACUUCUAUUUAACUCGAUCAACGUGACACUAAUACGCAAAUAUAUUCGUGUUGUUCUUAUGUCGAUUUAGGGACACUCGUUUGAUCACGUAUAUCGAAUAAUUGUAGCUCUUCGCGUCAGAGGGCAGUUCUGUUCUGUAGAUGGCGCUUGGCGGGAUCUUUUCAAUUGAUUAUUUUUCGAUUAACGAUGACUGAAAUUUUGAAACUAUUAAUAUUGCCUGUUGUUUCGAUAUAAACUUGAAUCUUUAUUUAUGGAACAUUAUCUUGUUUUUUUAAACGACAUUAGAUUUUCUACAUAGACAGAUAGAUUUAGUCCUUUGUUUUUUUUUUGCUUGCUUUUCUUUUCUUUCUUCGAAGACUAAUCUAAUCUAAUGGAAGAUAAUAUCAGGCUAAUCGAUUCUCACGUCUCCAUGGAAUCCAUGCACUGUAAUAAAAUGAUAGCAUUGUUUGCGAGAAAGUGUUGUACGAGAUAAGUAAAAUAAUUUUUACAAUGAAAAGAUUAAUUUUAUAUCUUACUUUAAUCGACAUGUUAAAAGAUAUUGAUUAGAUUAAGUGAAAUGUAUUAACGGUUUUGACGAUUAAUUAAAUAUAAAAAAUGAAAGCAAGUGACACGGAUAACUCUCAGAGAUCUAGGCCACAGAGUAUAACUUCGUCGAAAUUGAGAUUGCAAGUUGCCUCGAAAAGUCGGAAAUAUGCUAAAGUUAUAGCAUCGCCAUUAUUGCAAGAACGUAUGGCACUUCGUAUUUACGAAGAGGAUAUCGACGUGACACCGAAAUUUCUGACACACCCUACAUUCAAUCAAAUCGAUGAUCGCCAUAUGACCGCUUUCGAACAGAUUGCCCUUUUUCAAUCAGAAGGCAACGGUCCAUCGUCCUUUUUAUCUUCCUUACACAUUGGCCUUAAAUCCAGUUCUUCUUUAAUAUCUCGAUCCACCUAUGUUACUAAUGAUACGCAAAUAGAAAGUCUUUUGUCUACCGAGGUAACGGAUGUAAUGGAGGAUGUAAAAGAAAAAGCACCAGUUCAAUUCUAUAUAUCCAGCGACGACCCAGAAGAGUUUCAUACUCGGCCAGAAACAAUAACGAUUAUAUUGAAAGAAACAGAAACGAUUAUCUUCUUCGAGAUGCUUCCCUUGACGAGUGAUCUUCGAACACCAGAAGGACAAGCAGUUCAAGAGAGCAAUGAGAGAUACAAAGAUAUAGUAGCAGGACCUGGAAUAGCAAGAAAAGUGAUUGAUGCUGAGACUCAAACGAUAGAUGUUAUUACGAAAUCACGUGGUACUUAUUUAGGAGGAAGGGCACGACAAAAUGAAGGAAUGUUCGUUAAUAAUUGGGUUAUAUAUGACACUUAUAAGGAACCAGAAUUAAUGAUAGAGAAAAAUGGAUUUUUGGUUGUUCGUACAAGGGAUAGUUAUCUACAGAUGUUGGAAAAACAGGAAAUGAAAAAUAAAUUACCGCAGUAUAACAUAGAUCAUCAAGUGAAACAUUCCUCUGACCAAUUAUAUCAUAUAGUAUAUAAUACUGGGUUUCUGAAAGCCGCACGUAUUAUGGAAGGCAUAUUAUCUAACAAUAUUUAUCUUGAUGUUCAAAAACGUUUCACUGGGAUCGUCCAACGGGAUCCAUGUAGUCUCGAUUUAGAAUUUACGUACGAUCUUGAUCUAUUGUGGACUUAUACCUGCGAUAUCAGUAAAGAUCGACCAGUUUCUUCAUUUUGUUGGAAUUAUUUUAACAGAAAUAUUAUUGCUGUCUCGUAUGGUUCAAAACCAAUGGAUGAUAAAAAAGAUGGCCUCUUGUUACUGUGGUGUGCAAAGAAUCCAAAAGAACCAGGACAAAUACAUACCUUUGAUAGUCAGAUUUCUAGCAUAGAUUGGAGUCACGAUCGGCCAAAUUUACUAGCAAUUGGUUUCUACAAUGGUUCAAUAAAAGUCAUUGACGUUAGCAGCACUUCUCUUAACAUAAUAAGACAAAGCAAGAGGGAUACAUCAGUCAUAUACGAACCACAUUGGCAAGUGCAAUGGUGGAAGAGCGACGAACAUUUUGAUUUUCAGGAAUUAAUUUAUACAAGUAAUCAAAAUGGAUGUGUUUAUCGUUACCCAUUGGACGAGGAUUUCAUAAUGACCGAGAUGAUGAAGAUUUCUAAGAUAGAAGAUAAAAUAUUAGGAGUGGAUAGAUCAGACCGAUGUAUCUCAUAUGAUAUUUUAAUGAAUCAAAGCACAGGAGCUCUUGUUCUUUGUCAACAUCCAACUUUAAGUUCCAUUUAUUUCGUGGGCUCGGACGAGGGAGCGAUAUAUCGAUGUUCCAAAAAUUAUUUGUAUCAUCACAUAGACAGUUUUUUGGCUCACGACGGACCGAUAUACAGAAUGGAGUUUUCUCAUUUCUGUUCUAAACUCUUUUUGACUUGCGGAGCUGAUUGGUGUACUAGAAUUUGGAUAGAAGGGCUAACUGAACCUUUAAUCACUCUUUCAACAACAUUGGCAUGUGUACCAUACGCAACCUGGUGUCCUACAUAUUCGACCAUCAUCGCAAGCAUCGUUAACAAUGAGAUUUGUAUAUGGAAUAUCAAAAGAAGAACCUAUGCCCCACUAUCUGUAACACGUUCUCCAAACGAAGCAAGAUUGGUGAAAGUCGCAUUCACUGAUAAUGGGAAACAGAUGGUAACGGCGGACGUUCAAGGUGCUGUAUAUAUUUAUAAUUUAGAAGGUAUACCAUUUUCACCUUACAAUCAGGAAGAAGUUCUAAUCGAAUCCAUCAAGAAAGCUCUUUUUACCAAACCGGAUUUAUUAAAAAAACUUCAAAAAACUGGUCCACCAUUUUCGGACAAUUGACUGACAUACGUAUAUAAAAGUUCAAUAAAAGAAGAUCAUCCAAAUAUAUAUAUAUAUAUAUAUAUAUAUAUAUAUAUAUAUAUACUAAGUAAGAUAGUAAUGAGGAAAUCUACUUUAUCAACCGUACGAGACAUCAGAAGUUAAUAAGGAGUGGGGAUAAGAAGGUAGUCGAGGGGCCUGACGUAGGUCCCCUCAGGCGUCUUCCCGCUCGAGGGCUUCGCGUGAUUCGUUCGAAGGUAGGUAAGAGAGUAAAGGGAGAACGUUUGGAUUCAACCGUGCGUCUCGACAAGCUGGCUCCGCAGGCUCUGGUUCUGUAAAGGCGCAACCUGUGUAUAGGCCUCCUGGUCUGGCUGGCUGGCUGGCUGGCUGGCUGACUGGCUUGGUGGCUGGCUGGCUGGCUGGCUGGCUGGCUGGCUGGCUGGCUAGCUAGCUGGAUGGCUGGCUGGCUGGCUGGCUGGCUGGCUGGCACCAAAGGAGUCGGCAGAAGAGUGUGCCGUGGCAAGGAGAGUGAGUGAGAAAGAAAGAAAGAAAGAAAGAAAGAAAGAAAGAAAGAGAGGAAGGGAUAGAGAGGGGCUUCCCUCUUGCUUGCUGCCGCAGCUCGCGGGCACGAACUGCGCUACCGCCGUCAGCAGGCAGUCUUAUUACGCCCGCACUCAACUACGCGAACUAAGUACUCUUCUUCUAAGACACCGAAGACACACGAGAUCACAAUAUUCAUGUGAAUUGAUGGAAAGAUAGCCGAGGAUAUAACACGGCUUUUGAUUGGUCGAUCGGAUGAUCCAAAGCAGAUUUCUUCAAAACACGAUACUUUUUCUGCGUACUCGUGGAAGAAGAGAAAAAAAGGAGAAAAAAAAGAAGAAGAAAAAAAAAACCAAAGAA